AUGAAGACAUUCAAAUGUUGUUUUAAAUACCCAGCACAGCAGAAAGUUUUCAUCUUGUUUGUAACUCUAUGGCUGUUCUCCUUGUUGAAGCUUCUAAAUGUGAGAAGCCUCCUCUUCCCUCAAAGAGGCAUUUACUUGGUUGAAUCCUUCCUGAGUACCUCACCUUUUGUAAGGAACAGAUACACCAAUAUGAAAAAUGAAGUCAGGUAUGAAGUUAACUGUUCAGGUGUCUAUGAACAGGCGCCUUUGGAAAUUGGCAAGAGUCUGGAAAUAAGAAGGAGAGACAUCAUUGACUUGGAUGAUGAGGAUGUUGUGGCGAUAACCAGUGACUGUGACAUUUAUCAGACCCUGAGAAGCUACCAUCAAAAGCCUGUUUCAAGGGAGGAGAAGAGCUUCCCAAUAGCCUAUUCUUUGGUGGUUCAUAAAGACGCCAUUAUGGUUGAAAGGCUACUUCAUGCCAUAUACAACCAGCACAAUAUUUACUGCAUCCAUUAUGACCAUAAGUCACCUGAUACCUUCAAAGUUGCCAUGAACAAUUUAGCUAAGUGCUUCCCCAAUGUUUUCAUUGCCUCCAAAAUAGAGACAGUACAAUAUGCACACAUUUCCAGACUCCAAGCUGAUCUGAAUUGCUUGUCAGACCUCCUCAGGUCCUCGGUUCAGUGGAAAUAUGUUAUCAAUCUGUGUGGGCAAGAUUUUCCUUUGAAGUCAAACUUUGAAUUAGUGUCAGAGUUAAAGAAACUCAAUGGAGCAAAUAUGUUAGAAACGGUGAAACCCCCUAACAGUAAAAUGGAAAGAUUCACUUACCACCAUGAACUCAGACAGGUGCCUUAUGAAUAUGUGAAGCUACCAAUAAGGACAAACAUCUCCAAGGAAGCCCCUCCUCAUAACAUUGAGAUAUUUGUGGGCAGUGCUUAUUUUGUUUUAAGUCGAGCAUUUGUUAAAUAUAUUUUCAACAACUCCCUCGUUAAAGACUUUUUUGCCUGGUCUAAAGAUACAUACUCGCCUGAUGAACAUUUUUGGGCUACCUUAAUUCGGGUACCAGGAAUACCUGGGGAGAUUUCUAGGUCAGCCCAGGAUGUGUCUGACUUACAGAGUAAGACCCGCCUUGUCAAAUGGAACUAUCACGAAGGGCUUUUGUAUCCCCGUUGUACCGGCUCCCACCUUCGCAGUGUGUGUAUCUUUGGAGCAGCAGAAUUAAGGUGGCUUAUAAAUGACGGACAUUGGUUUGCUAAUAAAUUUGAUUCUAAGGUGGAUCCUGUCUUGAUUAAAUGCCUGGCAGAAAAGCUUGAAGAGCAACAGAGACAAUGGAUUACUUUGUCUUCAAAAAAGUUCCUUAUGGCUAAAAAUCCCGUAAUCACAUCAUGA